AUGUUCAACUGGGUGGUGAAAGUGGUCCCUCAGCUCCCAGAAGCCCCUCUUGUAGAAGAACCUGUCAAGGCUCCUGUGAAGAUUCCACCCAAACCCAAAGAAGUUCCCCCAGUAAAGAGUCCACCUUUGAAGAAUACUGAUGAAGUUUCCUUAGACAGCCAAAAUCAGAGUGGAGUUUUGGGCUGGUUGUCCAAUGGCUUUGUCAACUCACUGCCACAGCCUGCUGGAUCCCCCCGACUCAGCAGGGCAGAUGGUGAAAAGGGAUCAGGAGUUUUUGGGUGGGUGUCCCAGGGCCUGAACAAUAUGCUCCCUCAGCCUGAUGAGAAAUACAGAGAGAGUCCCGAAGUCUUCACAGAGGAACAGACUGAGAUUUAUGAUGUGCAAGCAAUGCCAGAUUUUGAUCCCCUAUCUCACAUCCCUGUGGUGGAGAUGGUAUCAGAUGAUGAAGAAGUUCAUGAUCGGUCAGGUCCAUUCCCACCAAAGGUUGGCCAUUGGUUAAAACAAAUUUUGCCUCAGCCAGUUCCACCUGGUACAGUGGUUUCUGAAACUUCAAACUCUCCCUCCUCACUGGACAAAACCUUGUCUCCUCCUCCUGAGUCUCUAAGUGGCAUCUCACUGGAUACUGAUAGCAAAGUGGGAAGUGUGGUUGGCUGGUUUGUGUCAGGCUUUGGUCUGAAGAUGCCUCAGCCUGCUUUGACAUCUAAAGACGGUGUAGAUGGGCCAGCAGAGGUUCUACAGAAAGCAUCCUCCAGACUCCAGCCUGACAUGGUGCUGGAGGAUGUGGAGUCAGACACUGAAUGUCAGCACAAGCAUGAGGGAAGCUCCAACACUGCAGCUAUUCCAGCCACAUCCCUGACCCCCCCUUCACCUGCCACUCAACACCACACCCCAACAGCAGAAGUACCUCCAAGUCCCACUAAAGCCUCCCAGGAAGACGCUGAGACCCAGACAGGCCGCUGGACACCUUUUAUCGAAAGUAUCAAGAGGGAGGCUGAGGAUGUGGCUCUGGCUACAAUGGAGGAACGGCUGCUGCAGGAGCGUCUGGACAUGGCUCGUAUAGCUGAAGAAGUGGCCAGGCAGACAGCUGAGAUGGCCAUUAGGCAGAUGGCCUCAGAAGGACAGUCUAUUAAAUUUUCAAUAAGCAGCCAAGAGCUUCUGGAGGAGCCUGAUGUUGAGCUGCCAGUGGCUCAAGAGGAUGAAACUGAAGAGGAGCACAGUAAAAUUUCAAAAAAAGAAACAACACUUGCUCUGGAUGAGAAGUCGGAGAAUUCUGAGGAAGCCCCUCUAAAUGAACCAGAGCCCAUCCAGGAAGUUGAAGCAGAGCCCCCACAAAGUGAAUCAGAGGCUGAGUCCAAGGUUGUUCCAGAUCUUGACCCUGAACCCCUCCCUGAACCACCCCCAGAGCCACAGUCUGUGCAUGAGGUCCAAGAAGCCACUUCAUCAAAUGAAACAGUAAGCAAGCAGCCACAAGCAAGAGCAGACGAAAACGGCCAAAUCAAAAAAACAGAAAAACCUGCUGAAAAGGAGGAAGAAGCUGAGGAUGGCUGCGGUGCUCCAGUCAGCUGUGAAUCAUUUAAAAACUGCCUGAUGCGCUUGCCUCACAACUCUGAAUGCUUGGGCAACAUCAACGCUUUCUUCAAGGAGAACGGCAUCUCCUUCCCCAAAUGUUCUUCCAUGCCUAGAUGCCCUACGCAGCUCUCAGAAGUCACAAAUUAUCCCAGAUUCCCAGCCGCACCGGACAAUACUUGGGGAGCAUUCGCAACCGCCUCAACAGCCUUAUGCCACAAGAUGCCUAAAAAACCAAGUCAACAACAGCAAAAACAAAAUAGCAAUGUGCAAGAUGUAGAACUUAACAAACUUGUGAGGCGAUCUCCCCUCACCCCUGCACACCCUUCUCCCCUACAGUCCCGCUCCCCAUCUCCCUCUUCACUUAAUGGCAGCAAUCUGGAGUUACCCAAUGUGCCCUCUUACUCUCGCCUGCCCCCAAUCGUCAGCUCGCCAUCCAAGCACCUCAAGUCCCGCCAGCUGUCAGGGCUCAGUAACCCCGCCUUCUUCAUUGAGGAUGACUCAGAUUGCUCCCCUCUCAAACCUGCAGAAAGCUCCAUCAGUCUCCGUCCUGCAGUGAAUGUGGAGGAUGUGGACUCGGAUCAUGAGCGAGCGGGACCAGGGCGUGCAGGGGGAGCCGAGGAGCCCAGUGCCCCAAACCUUCAAGACCCCAAACUCACAACACUCACAGUCCCAGUGACCCCGGCAGGAGGUCGCCAGAGCAAAGGGGAUAAAGAUGGAAAGCGUCGUAGGACUUUUGCCAGUCGAAUAAUGUUUUCUCAAAGUGAAGAUGAUGAAGAGGAGGGAAGCGUCCCUGUCAGAGCCUGGCCGAGUCAGUCCAGCCUGCACAGUGACGAUGUGUGAGAGCGGCCUACAUCUUCAGCUAGUCAGACCAGUACAGUGGUCAAUGAGCGUCUUCAGGAGCUGAUCAAAAUGUUCAAAGAGAGAACGGAGAAGGCCAAAGAGAAACUUAUAGACCCAGACAGCUCAGAUGAAGACAGUGUUGUCCAAUCUCCUCCUCAGGCCCCAACAUCAGUGCCCUCUGGUGUUCAACUGGAGAACAGCACCGAUGGAGCGCCCCCAGCAGGAGCAUCUGGAGAAGUACAAGAGAAUAUAGAAGCAGGAGAUGCAGAAUCUGGCUGCUGCAAGGUGAAAGUCCCUCGAUGGAUAAGAGCCUGUAUGCACUACCGCUUCCCCACCAGCAUCGACCCCUUCACCAACCUGAUGUAUGUGCUGUGGAUGUUCCUGGUGUCUUUGGCGUGGAACUGGAAUGUUUGGUUCAUCCCGGUGCGCUGGGCUUUUCCAUACCAGACUCCGGACAAUAUUUACUACUGGCUGCUGACCGAUUACAUAUGUGACCUCAUUUAUAUUUUGGACAUCACUGUUUUCCAACCACGCCUGCAGUUUGUUCGCGGAGGGGACAUUGUGUGUGACAAAACAGAGAUGAGGAAGAAUUAUAUGAAAACAAAGCGCUUCAAGUUGGAUGUGAUUAGUCUGUUACCGCUGGAGCUUUUCUAUUUUAAAACUGGAAUCAACCCUCUGCUUCGGUUGCCAAGGUUGCUAAAGAUCAACUCAUUUUUUGUAUUCAAUGAGCGCCUAGAGGCAAUUUUAACCAAAGCUUACAUCUAUAGGGUGAUUCGUACCACAACAUAUCUUCUUUACUGUCUCCACUGUAAUGCCUGUCUCUACUACUGGGGCUCAGAUUUCAAAGGACUUGGAUCAACUAUGUGGGUCUACAAUGGUGAAGGAAACAGUUACAUUCGCUGCUACUACUUUGCUGUAAAGACCUUGAUCACCAUUGGAGGUCUUCCAGAUCCCACCACCCUCUUUGAGAUUGUCUUCCAACUCAUUAACUACUUUGUUGGGGUUUUUGCAUUCUCUAUAAUGAUAGGGCAAAUGCGUGAUGUGGUUGGUGCAGCCACAGCUAGUCAGAUGUACUACCGCACUUGUAUGGACAACACAAUCAAAUACAUGUCAUCCUAUCGCAUCCCAAAGGAUGUUCAGAACCGAGUCAAAACCUGGUACAACUACACCUGGCAGUCACAGGGCAUGCUUGAUGAGCAGGAACUCCUGACUCAGUUGCCUGAUAAAAUGCGGAUGGAUAUUGCUAUAGAUGUGAACUACUCUAUUGUGAGCAAAGUUCCACUUUUUCAGGGGUGUGACAGACAGAUGAUCUUUGACAUGCUAAAAAGUCUGCGCUCUGUAGUCUACCUUCCAGGGGAUUAUGUUUGCAAAAAGGGAGAGGUGGGCCGAGAGAUGUACAUUAUAAAAGCAGGAGAAGUUCAAGUGGUUGGAGGACCUGAUGGAAAGACAGUGUUUGUUACUCUCAGAGCAGGGUCUGUCUUUGGAGAGAUCAGUUUGCUGGCAGUUGGCGGGGGAAACCGGCGCACAGCCAAUGUAAUUGCUCAUGGAUUUGCCAAUCUGUUUAUCCUGGACAAGAGAGAUCUCAAUGAAAUCCUGGUUCACUAUCCUGAAUCGAAGAAACUGCUUCGCAAAAAGGCCAGGAAGAUGCUUAACAAAGGCAAGAAACCUGAGCCUAAAGAAGAGGCCAAGGAGCACCCACAAGUCCCCACUGCUCCAGUUCGUGCUGAGACGCCCAAAUUAUUAAGAGCAGCUCUGGAGAUGACGGAGCGUUCCACUGGACUCAGAGGAGCUUUGGCUAAAGUGAAAGAAAAGACAAACAAGUCCAGCAUCUCAUUACAGCCAUCCAUAGCCUCCACCAACCCCACUCCAUCACCUGCCUUCAGCUCUGCUGUUGAUAGAGACAUAGACACACCAUCGCCCCUCUCUAGCAGCUCUGCUUCUCGUCUGGACAUGUCCUCUCUGCUGCCCCCUUCCCCUCAAAGUCAUCGAGACGGGCAGCACACGGAGCAGGAGGCAAAGGACAAGGAGGGAGGAGACAGGGAGGACUUUCAGUGAGGAAGAUGUCACAAUGUUUUUCCUCAUAUUAUGGUCAACUAAACCGUUUUACAAAGAUACUUUGUUCUGGGCGUACUGGGCAUUUUCCAAUCAAUUUUUAACA